UUAUCGCUGUUAAUUGUUACAAUUUACUUUUCCUUCUUCUCAUAAUUUCUGGUUAACAAUUAAUUUCGAUUCUAUUUACGACAACAAUUUAAUCUUUACCCUGAUCAAAGUCAAAAUUGUUCUCGCUAAAACAAACCAAGUUAAAUGAUUUUUUCUAUUCUGAAAGUGAUUCUACCCUUGAGGUUAUACAAUCAAUGGAAUCUCAACCUUGUGGAACUUAAAUUCAUUCAUCUUUCAACAAUUUAACAUUAUUUCAUGUAUUUACCUUUCUACUCCCAUUAAACUGGGGACAAGCUUCUCACCUAAUUAACAGGUUUAUCAUCAUCAUCAUCUCCAAAGUGUAUCAACAACAACAAACCAACCAAUCAACCAACAUGUUACCCUCACGGUCAGAUCAAAGUUGUUGAGGUAAAUUCAUUGAUUCUUGAUGAAUUUUACUCAAUUCAUUAAAUAAUAUAAUUCAUUUGCCAUCGAUGGUUAAAAAUUCGUGCUCAUUAUUAUUUUAUCAUCAUCAUCAUCAUCAUCACAAUAACAACAUCAUCAUUAUCAUUUGAUUAUGUUUUCUGGUUUAAAAGGGAAAAUGGAUCAACAAGUGAUCCCUUUUAUUUGGAUUAUUUGAUUCUCCACAUUAUUGAUUUAUUAAUAGUACACAAUUAACUACUGUCAGGGUAAUCAUUAACUCUUGACAAAAUGAUUACAAGACAAUAUAAAUAAUAAUAAUAACAAUUUAAUAAUAACAACGAAAGUAUUUUUAUUCAGUAAACAAUUUAACAUUCACCAAGUUAUUUAUAUACACAUUAAUUGUACAUAACAAGUGAACAAUUAACCAAAAAAUUCAAUUCCUAAUGGAGGUUGAAUUAAUCACUAAUGACAAUAUAAGAACAUCAUUCUAACAACAAUUAAACCCGCAAACUUGAAUUAAUCCAUCAAAAUUAAUUGUAAUCGAAAUACAAUUAGCAUCAACUAAAUAUCAUUAAUUCAUAAAUCUUUCAAUAGAUUUGAAAUGCUAUCAAUUAUUUGGUUAAUCCAACAAUUAAUUUAUUAACCAAAAAAAAAAUAAUUUCCUAUCACCAAAGUGAUCCCUUGACUGACCAUCCAAACUGGACAAUGUAAUCAAAUAUCAUCAUCCCAAUACCAUCCACUGGACAUCACAAAUUGUCAAAGCACAGGAUCGUAAUCAAAACCAGCAAACUGAUUCAAAUGACAAUUUAGUUUAAUUGUUGAUGAAAAAAAAAACUACAAUAAUAUUAGGAAGCCAAAGUUUUGAUUACUAAUCAUCAACAUUGAGCAAAAAAAAAAUGAUGAUGAUGCUGAUGAGAUGGUCAAGCUUGUCAUUAACAUUGCACUGACCUCUAAUAAUUUGUUUUGCAAAUUGUUACCCAACGAUGAUGAUAAUGAUUUAGAUGAUGAAUCCAUGAAAGCUCAUCAUUUUUUUUCAUGAUUAAAACCAGAUGAUUAAAUGAUGAUUAAGCUUUGGUGUGGCCACCCAACCAACUUUAACGUUCGUUGUACUAAUGUAACGGUAAAAAAAAAGAAACCUUCAAUCGACUCAAAGUUCUUGCCCUCGGGCUGUUUGCUCUCUUUAGUCUCACUCUUCCUCAUCAUCAACAUCUUCUUCCUUUGCUCACUCAUCUCUCCCUCUCUUUUUUCAGCUCAUCUUUUAUCAUCUUCAUCUUUAUCCUCAUCAUUUGACCAACAUUCAUCUACCUUGAAUUGUUGUUUUUACUACUGAAAAAAAGUUGAUUUGUUUUCUCAUUUCAAACUAUUCAUUAUUAUUACACCUCUAAUCCAGUUGAUUAACUAAUUUCAAAGAAAUUUAUUUGACAAUUAGCUGUUUAAUUUGUGAAUUAAUUUUCUGCUUUUGUGACAAUUUAAGUUAACUCAUCUCGACUUUUCCGAUAUUUGGAUUAAUCUCCUAUGGACGUUAUCACAAUUAAUAUUAAUUGUUCCAAGUGAACAUAAUCAACUGUCGAUUUAGUUAUCAAUCAACUAAUUUAUCAUUUUAAUUGUCUUCUUCUUCUCUGGGAUAAUUUUAAUUGUUGUUACCAACUCACAAUAUGAAACCUCAAAAGAUCAUCACUAUAUCAAUUGCUAUCUUGUUGAUAAUUUUAAUGAGAUUUGAUGAAAUAAAUUGUGAUAAAUCUGGUUCAUCAUCAACAUCAACAUCAUCAUCUUCAUCCUCGUCCUCAUCUUCAUCAUCAUCAUUAACAUCACCAACAGGAUUAAUCAAGGGCUCAUUAAUUACAAUCGCCAAUCCAUUGGUGAAAAGUUUAAUUAAGGAAACAUUGGCUUUCGCUGCUGCCCCGUUUUUCAUGCCGAUAGCCAUUGGACGGACACUCAGGUCACCGCCGGGGUUAGGACCUGAUGGAUCACCGGUACAACGAUUCGCUCGUUAUUUGUUCAAAUUAGCGACAAUGAGGAAAGAUGAUGCCGAGGAACAAUUAAAAGAGGAUCUAUUUCAUUUACUUAAUUCCCAUCGACGAAAUAUCGUUUUAACUAUGAAACAAUAUCGACAAUUAGAGCGAUCAUCAAAAUCAGCUAAAUCGUUACGAAAAAAUCACCGAAAGUCAACUUAAAUUAAACCAACAAUUAACAUCUAAUCACUUGAUAAUUAACAAAAUCAACAAAAUCAACAAAUGUAAAUCAAAUUCAAUUGAUUGAUAUGAUUGAAUUUACAAUUUAAUAUAUAUUUUUUUUCAUAUUAAUUGUUAUCAAACAAUUUAAAUGUACUUUUUAUAACAUUUGAUAUCAAAUGAUUAAAAUAAAUUAUUUCAAUAAUUUACUGUAUUAGUUUU